CGAACUAUGCUUUCGUUGUCUGCGGUGCUUGCUUGCCUCCUGGAAUCAUCAAUCUCUGGUAAAUUUCAUACUCAAAUCUCUCCACAUUUCCUCAAUUAGGGCAAGUUGAAAAGCAAAUAGCAGAAGAAAAAGGCACUUUCUGCUCUGUUCUAACCGUAAGAAUCAGCAUGAGUACCCAAGAUAGAAAGAGAGCUGAUGUUGAAGGGGGCAAACAAGAUAGAAUCAGUGAUCUUCCAAGACAUAUUUUAGCUAGUAUCGUUGAGCUCUUGCCGCCUAAAGAUGGUGCAAGAACUUGUGUCUUGUCCAGAAAAUGGAGAUUUAUUUGGGUCAUGGUUCCAAGUCUGCUGCUGUAUGACCACUUCUUUGAUAGCUUAGCAGUACAAACUCCAGCUUUCUUUAAACAAACAGUAGAUGAGAUUCUCUUACUCCGCCUUGGAGACAUUCUGAAUUUUGACCUUCAAAUUCCAGUAGCACUUUCGACUUCAUAUGCAGAUAUCGAUAGAUGGAUGCUUUAUGUCCCCAGAAAUGGUGUCAAGGAGCUAUCUCUUUUACUGCCAGUUUAUAGUACUUAUAAAAGCAUUCUUAUGUAUUUAAUUGUCCAACCCUGACAUCUUUGUACUUCUGCAACGGUGUCUUCAAACCACCUAAUUCUUUUCUUUGCUUUCCAAAUCUUGAAGCCUUCCACCUGGAAGGAGUAACCAUUAUGCCAACCACACGCACUGAGUGUUGUGUUAUCAAAGCCCCCCGUCUCAUCUGUUUGGACUUGUUACACUGUGAUGGUACUCAAUACCUGAACAUUAUUUCACCAUCAUUGGAGUUAUUGUCUGCUCAUGAUGUUCACUAUCUCGUGCUAAAUUGCUUUAUGAACUGCAAAAAAUUGAGAGUAUUAAUCCUUAGAUAUGACAAAGUGGUGGAUAAUCUGAUUCAUGAUGAAAGAUCAACUUUGGAAAAGCUUCUUUUUAGCUUGGCACCUACAAUUGAGGAACUUAAUUUGGAUUCAUUUUUCCUCGAGCUUUGUGGUGCAGAUACAGUUCCUAAGAUGCGUUCUCGCGCGCUCAACUGCUUGUGGCGUCUAUCAUUCUAUGUGGACUUUGACAAAUUCAGUCCAACUUCUGGUGCUCUACAGUUAAUUAAGAGUCUCCCCAAAUUGAGUGAACUUGAUAUUACGGUCCGUUCUACCAGCGACAAUGCUGAAGCAGUUUCAAAAUAUUUGAACACACCAGCCUGCUUGGACCGAUCGCUCAACAAGCUCAAACGUGUGGUCAUACGUUGGUUUAAGGGUUCAAAAACUGAACUGCUUUUUAUAAAGUUAUUGCUUGCUCGCACUCCAUCUUUGGUAAGGAUCAUAAUUAAGCCAUUGAGAGACUUUUGUUCCUGCGAAGAAAGUAAUAUCACCACAAAGUUGACGAGUUUCCCGCGUGCAUCUCCAGAGGCUGAAAUUUUUUAUUCCGAUGCAUGUCUUAACAUACCAAUCUCAAGUUCCAGCCAACAAUUAGGGUAAUAUUUUUGGACCCUUUUGUUUCCUAAAAUAUGGUCAUAUAUGCAGGAAACUGUAAAAAUAAUUUAUUUGCCCACAUUGGUUAUGAAAAGAUUUCCAAAUUGUUUAUAAUAGUCGUGAACUACUUUGCUUGUUA